AUGCCGCAAAGUCACCGCGGGCGGCGGCCCCCACGCUGCCGGCGAAAUGGCGGCUCGCCGGGACUACGGCUCCCGGCGUGCACCACGCCCGGCGGGCGGCGCGGCCGCCAGCCCGCCUCGCCGCUCCCGGAGUGCACCGCGCCGCGCUCCCCUCAGCUGCGGGCGGGGGGCUCGGCUGCUGCGGGCGGCGGCGGGGCUCGGGCCGCUGGUGUCGCCUCAGCGGAGCCGCAGCCGGGGCGGCGAGGGCGGGCCGGGGCCCCCGGAGGCCGGCCUGCCCGCCGCGGUGCCCCGCGCCUGCACCUGAGGCGCCCGGGGACGCCGCCGGGGCGAGGGCAGUGGCCGAUGUCCCGUGUGGGGAUGAGUUUUGGUGUCACCGGCGGCUGUGGUGGAGGUGGCCCUGAGGAAGAACGGGUUUGGACCCAACAGUGGCAAUAAAAUCCAGUAUCAAAUAUGGAUAUGCCUUUCUUUAGAGGUAAGACUUUCAAAAGAAGAUACAGAAAGAAGAGACAGAAUGGCUUAACAGUGAGGAAGUGAGAGAAGUGGCUACAAGAGAUAUAAAACAGCACUCAUGUUUUCAUACAGCAUCAAAAUCUUUCUGAUGCAUACAAAAGAAACAGAUUCUCAAAUGUUCUGGGGUAUAGAGAGGGUUUCUACAAGCCUCUUCUAACUAACCUCUGUUCAGGUUGCAGUUAAAGGGCCUUUAUACAGGAUGACCACUGAAAAGAAGAAAAAAGAGAGUAUAAAAAACAGUAAGAUCCCUGAACUGAACAUGAGGUGUCCUGUUGCUCAAGGAUAAACAUGCACAUUAAGUGAUCUCCUUUCACAGUACAGUCUGCUUCACGCUGCAAUACUAUUUUCAUGACUAAUGCAAGCUGCAGACAAGCUCGUCUGGCUUUUACAUUGCAGGUCAUGGGAAGCAGAUGUUUAUUUUCUUCCUGAGACUUUUGGUUCCUGCUACAAACACAAAAUAUGCCAGCCAACUCCCAUCUAAUGGCAAAAUGGUGCUGAAAGCAAGUGAUCGAUCCAUCAGUGUAAACUAUUGUUUUUGUCAGGGAAAAUCUAGAGUCCCGAACUAGCCUAAGUAGACACACUGGGAAAUAAAGCUGUGCAGCAACAAAGGAAUCAUAGCCACUCUAUUACUUGGAAUAAGUCACUGCAACACAACAGAUAAAAGUAACAAAUACAGAAGCAAGGAAGAAAGAAGUGGCAUGAAAUGUCAGAGGCUCUCUGUAACCAUAUCUCAGUCUGCAGGACGCCACGUUACUGGCACUUCUGCAGAUGGAUGGACGUGGUCUGACACACACAUUUUCACAUGGUACAAACUUAGGAGUAGGUAGUAUGCAUUCAUCAUAUUUUAUAUGAAAUUAUGUUAUGAUCUAUACAAUGAAAUGAUUGGCUUAAGUAUUCUGCUGCAGUUAUGCCGUUAUUCCUUCUCCAUCUUAACCAGUGAGAAUCAUUUAUGAAUCAUUUUUACUGUUUCAUCCAGAAUAAAGUUGCUUGGUUAUUUUUCUGGAAUAAGGACAUCCAUACAGGUAGUUACACUCAAGUAACUACUUUGAUAAAAGCUGUACUGGUUAAUUUCCCUAAUCAGAGAAGCCUUAAAAUCAGUUUUCUCCUGACAAGUCAAAUCUAUUUCUCCUUCAAGGUCUACACCUGAUAUCAGACACUGGAGUAGAAAUGCUGACUAUCCUCCAGUUUCUUCAAGAAUGGUUCACAUACAGGAUCAAAAAGGAAAAGAGGGCAAGGGGACACUGGAUUUUAUUUAAACAAAAAGCUUUAAUUAUCCUGAAGAAAAAAAAAAAAUCCUUGAAAGACAGGGGAAAAAAAAAAAAAAAAGAAACAAUGCUUUUUGGUUUGGUAAAGCCAAAAAUCCUCCCAGUAUGGAACACCAACUUUAAAGGGAUAGUGCUGUUACACUGAAGCUCAGCAGCAAAAGCAAGAGGAAAGGAUGGCGUCUAGAGAAGACGCACACACAAGAAGAAGGUAAGUGGAAUACAGUAGUUUUUCUGUGUCUUGUAAUUUACAGCUAGGAAUUCUCAUAUUUUUAGUAGCCUUUUAGAAGCACUGUGGCAACAGAAUCACCCAGAUUUAGACUGUUGGCAUUCAGCUUUUCCCACUAUGUCAAUCACUGUUUUAUAUAAACACCUGUUUAUACCUAAACUGGUACUGAAGAAUAAAAUAAACUGUUUCCAAAGUUAAAAGGACACAGUUCCAAAUCUAAGGACAAAUUCUGCUGACUUACUGAAGGGCACAAUGCUCAUCACAGAAGAUCUGCAAGCACCAGUCCUUAAGGCUACAAGAAGAUACAUUCCCCAUACAGUAGCUGUUAAGAAAACUAUGGCUCAAGUAGCAAGAGGUUUUUCCUCAUUCAAGCUGCCUUUCCUAGCCCAUUCUUUACAGAAAAAAAAAAAAAAAAAAAAAAAAAAAACACAGAAAAAAUGCAAAUUAACUACACACUCAUUACUUUAGUAUUUAAGAUCACAGAACAAUCUUACAUUUACAGGACAAUCUUAAAGAGGAAUAAGCAAUCUGAAAACUGGCCAAUGUAAAAAAAAAAAUAAAUACAGAUCCUUAGAAAAAAAGCAAAAAGCCCUUAAACAUUACGUAAGUAUAUUAUAGAAGCUGUGGGUCAGAAAGGGAAAUGCUAUCCAGUGGUUGGAAGGUGCAUUGCAAAAACACUUUCACAUUGAUUGCAUUCAUUUGCAUAACAACAAAUUUAGAAAAGGUAAUUGAUAACAGUAUGUCUGAGAAACAUAAUUUCACUAGAUACAUUUUACAGAGAGAUAGACAUGAUUUACUACAUAUUUAACCUUCUACUCAAGCAGAGUGGGAAAAUUACGUUAGAAAAACGGCCAAGUACAUCAAAAAAGUUAUCCCAUUAGCCCAAAUAGCCAAAUCUUCAAACUGCUUUUUUGUAAUGGAUCUUCUGAUAAUGGACUAAAAACAUAAUUCUAAAUUUCUAUUCAGUAAUUCAGACAUCCCACUCAAAUAGAGAAAAGUAGCAUCUUUGAUUUAUUUUUAAAUGGCAAAAUAAAUCCAGAAGCCUAAAAAAACCCCAUUUGUUCCCACCCUGCUUGCAUUACAAAGCCAUCAGUCAAAGCCACUAUACUGACUUUCUAGGUUACAUCUGUCAGUCACAAUACUGUUCAGAGAACAUAAUGUCCAAAAGCCACCGAAAACAUCCAAACCUUGUAGCUUGUUUGAUGAGUCUAAACUAUUUGAAUGACAAGAUCAGAGUUCAAGAGUGCAGGUAAAAACAGGAUUCUAUGCUGGCAUCAAACGGUAUCCAAAUUUUGUAUCCAAACUAAUAAUCAGUGGAAAAAACAUUUGCUUGUACAGUAGCCAAUACAUUCUUUGGAGCAGUCAAGUAUUUUUCCUAGUGCUUAAAGAUGCACUACUAUAUGAAUACUAAGCCUUAUGGGAGUCAGAGUUACCUUCACAGAAAUGCAGCAGAAGAAACCUUAAGCUAAAAGGACAUUGUCAGGUACGAAAUGGAUCAUACUGAAAUAAAAAUCACCUGCUACUCAUACAAAGCAUUUUUUAUAAAAAGCAUGAUUCUCCCUUCACUCACUCUUAGACUUUACUUUGAGCAUUUGAACAUUGCAAAGUAAUGCUUAUGUCCUGAACAGCAGCAGUUCCUUUUAACUUUUUUAAAAAGCCAUUAAACUAUUUCUGUAGUAUUUUGCAAAUACUGCUCCUUAAGAUAUCUGACAAUACCCCUUUGAAUAUAAGAGAAGUAUGAACAAGCUGCAUCUAGCUCUGAUUUUAAAAGUCAACAUUUACACAGGAUAACCUUUAAAAUCCCCAAUAUUUAUCACUGCCAAAAGUGAAAAUAUUUUUAACAUCUAAAAUCUUAAUCAUUCUGUUUAACGCUAGAUAUGUCAAAAGCAUUAAAUCAUGAUGUUUAACAUCAUAAAUACUGUAUAUCACAACUUGCUUCCAUGAUUUAAUAAGGUCUCAUUUGCAACAAUGUCAAAAUCCCCUGAAAACAAAACAGCUAAACCUCUGGUUUUGACACUUCCAUACCUUAAGAUGGUGUAUAUAUUCAGUAAGCAGAACCUAUUAUUCUCCAUCUUCUGAAAUAAUGAUAUGGAGCUAAGGUGUUGACAGACUCAGAUGUUUUUACCACUAGGCUGUCAAACCCUGGAGUAGGACAAGAUGCCAUGGUCCUGAGCCAAGAAUGUCCAAAAUGCAGCUUCCCUUUGUUACUUCCAUUGGUGGAGUAGCAUUCUUCAUGAACUUGGGGUCUAAUUUUCCUAAGCUGGGCACUGCUGAGGAUACCAGGCAAGAUACUACCGUUUCUUAAAAGUAUGGAAGAAACACUACUGUGAGUCUCUCCUGGGGACGUGCAGAU